UGCUAUAAAUUGCACCAAAAAAAUUAACUUGGAUUUAGAAAAAAUAAAAGAAUUUUGGUCAUGAACCAAUCUACUCAAAAUUUGAGAAGAUUUUCGCUCCAAAACUCGUGGAUAGCUAAAUCUCGUAGCCUAUAACAAAUCGCAUGGUAUAGGUAUGCAAGUACGAAUUUAAAUAAAAAAACAAAAUUGAAAAAUAAGGGAGAAUCCAUUCGCAAGCACUGGAGAGUGGAGACUUCCGUUCCACACGGGCCCAGAGCCCAUCCCUAAGGUCCCUUUAGGCCCAGCCUUCUUCUUUCUACUGGGCUUUCUCCACGCCGACCCACCAUCCAGCCAGCCAGCCAUUCCAGUUUCCGCCGCGCGCCAUUGAUCCCGCCAAGGAGGAAGGGAAGAGAGAUUCGCAUCCACGGCCGCCGUCCCGUCCCCGCCAUUUUUUCCUCUCCGGCGCGGCGGCGAUGGACCAGCGCGCGCGGAGGGCGCGGGAGAGGGAGCAGCGCCGCCUGCUCGACCUCGCCGUCGAGUCCGGCUUCGACCGCGACCUCGCCGCCAGCUGCCUCGCCCGCCUCCUCGAGGUCUACGGGGAGGAUGGCCUGGCUUUGGUUACUGUCGAGAACUGUGGCAAUGAUUUCCUUGCGUCGCUGGCUGAUGCCACACAACCUACCGAUGACUGGGACGAUCUCAAAGGGAUUGAGACCGAAGCAUGUGGCAACCUGAAUGAUAUGAUGAUGAAGAAUGUGACUGACUGUACUGGAGGAGUUGCUAUGGACAACAGUCAUACGUCCAGAGAGCCAAAUUUGUCCUCUGAUGCUCUGGAUCAUUCUGAAGAUUUCGAUUUUGCCUCUGAUGAUUCAGAUUUUGAAAUGGGUGAUGGAAUGGACAACCUUCAUGACAACUCUUUCAAUAUGCAAAGGCAGACACAAUCUAGAAACUCUGGAAUGCAGAGCCGAAGCUCAGCAAAAUCCACAGUGACUAGGGCUACCAACAGAUAUGAGUCAAUGACUCCCACUUCAAAUAGAGAGAUGCCUCCAGCUGCAUUUCAUCAAAGGAGAGAAGUUCUGAGCUAUGAACAACUUUGUGGCCUUGAUGAUGUCAAUUUUGCCAAUGUUGUCAUCUUUGGCAACAAAAGCUUUAGGCCCCUGCAGUAUGAAGCUUGCAGGGCUGCAAUGAAUAAUCAAGACUGUUUCAUACUUAUGCCAACUGGUGGUGGGAAGAGUUUGUGUUACCAGCUCCCUGCAACAUUGCACCCAGGUGUCACUGUUGUUGUAAGCCCACUACUGUCGCUGAUCCAGGAUCAGAUUGUGGCAUUAACUUACAAGUUUGCGAUACCAGCAGCAUUUUUAAAUUCCCAGCAAACUCCUGCUCAGGCAUCUGCAGUAAUCCAAGAGCUAAGAUAUGGCACACCAUCCUUCAAACUUCUGUAUGUUACUCCUGAAAGAAUUGCUGCGAACUAUUCAUUUAUGGAGAUGUUAAGAGGCUUAGAUCAGAGGGGACUGUUAGCAAGAUUUGUGAUUGAUGAAGCACAUUGUGUAAGUCAGUGGGGGCACGAUUUCCGUCCAGAUUAUCGUGGUCUAGGGUGCCUCAAGCAGAACUUUCCUAGGGUCCCAAUUAUGGCUUUAACUGCAACAGCAACUGAAUCUGUCCGUAAGGACGUCCUUAGUGCCUUGAGGAUCCCUAAUGCUGUGAUACUGAAGAGGAGCUUUGAUAGACUGAAUCUCAAUUAUGAGGUGAUUGGCAAGACGAAAACUCCCCAGAAGCAGCUGGGUGAUCUCCUGAAAGAGCGCUUCAUGAACAAAUCUGGUAUCGUGUACUGCCUCUCGAAGAACGAAUGUGCAGACACUGCCAAGUUUUUGAGGGAGAAAUACAAGAUCAAAUGUGCACACUACCAUGCUGGCUUGGCAGCUCGUCAGCGAACCAGCGUCCAAGAGAAAUGGCACAGCGGGGAGGUUAAAGUCAUCUGCGCCACCAUAGCCUUCGGCAUGGGGAUCGACAAACCUGAUGUGCGUUUUGUUAUCCACAACACAAUGUCAAAAUCAAUAGAAAGCUACUAUCAGGAGUCCGGGAGGGCAGGGAGAGAUGACCUCCCAGCACAUUGUAUUGUCUUAUACCAGAAGAAAGACUUCAGCCGUAUCGUGUGCAUGUUGAGGAACGCUGACAACUUCAAGAGUGAGAGCUUCAAGGUUGCGAUGGAGCAAGCUAAGAAGAUGCAAACAUACUGCGAGCUGAAGACCGAGUGUCGGAGACAGGCACUUCUAGAGCACUUCGGCGAACAGUACAACAGGCAAAGGUGCAGAGACGGCCCUAGCCCCUGCGACAACUGCCUGAAGACAUAGUUUAGGGUAAAUUAUGGCGAUAAAUCCCAUAAUGUUUGUUGACACUCUGAACUUGUGGGGUGUGUAUUCCACAGUACCUGUACGAACUUGUGAUAUAAUGUCAAACAUUUGUCUGUGUAUAUAUAUAGCAUCCAGAGCACAAACAACUGGCCGCAGCUAAGUGUAAUGAUGCCUUUGUUUUACUGGGCACUCACAAUGCAAGACUCUAUCACAGAGUCCAAGACAAUUAACUACAUAUUAUUUAUGA